AUGCCAAACCAAUGGUCCUCCGCUAAACAUGCAAUGGACGUUAGGCGAGAUCUGGGAGUGCAUCGAAAAAAUGGCGGGGAGGAGCAGAAAGGGUUGGUGGGUAUACACCAAAAUUCUUCUUCCGUACAAGGAAGACAACCGUAUUUUCAACAAUCCCAAUGGACGUCCAAAACCAAUAAUACUGAGGGUGAAUGGGGGCACGAUCACUAUUGCAACUCCACCAGAUGCUGUCUGCUACUUGUACACGAUCAAUCUACGUUUCUCAAAGAAAACAAAGGAGAGGAUGAACUUACUAUAUCAGCACCAAGACCAAAUCUGUCAAUGGAUGACUGUAAUGGAGCCCAGUCGCAAAAGGCAACCAUACACAAUCAACGUUUCCUGGAAAUCAAGUCAGGAAAGGAUUGUCAACUUUGCAUUUGGUGCAUCAGUUACAGGAUGCAGUCCGGGGGAAAGGGACAAAUUAUGUACACUCCGGCAAGUGAACGACAAUUGUCUUCUUCCUCGGGAUUAGUAUGGAAAGGUGAUUCCGACAAUGGAGUUUUGGGAGUUCGGGAACUGCGCGGAGACGAAUGCUUGGACUUCUUUAUGCCAGUGGAGACCAGACCUCCAGAUCGAGUCUCGAACAAUGAUAGUAUACAAAAGGAAAAUGAUCGCGAGUUUCGCGAAUUCCAUGGACCUACAGACGAAUGGUUAAUCGACCAAGAGUAUAGGGAAUACUUCAAUGAAACAUAUCGUAUCACCAAUAUUUAUCCACUGUUGAUGGAUCAUUCUGGAACGGUUAUGUUUUUUUUAGAUGAUCGCGGUAUUUUAUUUGCAUGGUGCGAAAUGACAAAAGAAAUGGAUAUUUUGGGAAUUAAUAAAAUAGAGGGUCUUGCGAAUUACCUCUACCACCCAGAAAAGGUGUGUUCCAUUAUGGAGGACACCGGUGAGCUGGUACCUAGAGUGGAACUUAAACGUCGCGUAAAGGAAGAGAUGGCAAAGGAAAAGUUGGCGGAAAAAAGCAAAGAAAAAAAGAUUGGCAGAGGAAAAGCAAAAGUGAUAUAG